ACACCUCUGCGUCCGGCCAGCCUCGCCAGCCUCGGCCAGAGCCCAACCCCACCUGGAGCCGGGUGCCAUGGGCAACAACUUCUCCAGCAUCCCCUCUCUGCCCCGAGGAAACCCGAGCCGGGCGCCACGGAGCCACCCCCAGAACCUCAAAGACUCCAUCGGGGGCCCCUUCCCUGUCACUUCUCACCGAUGUCACCACAAGCAGAAGCACUGCCCGCCGGUGCUGUCCAGCGGGGGACUCCCGACCACGCCCCUGCUCUUCCACCCUCACACCAAGGGCUCCCAGAUUCUCAUGGACCUCAGCCACAAGGCCGUCAAGAGGCAGGCCAGCUUCUGCAAUGCCAUCACCUUCAGCAACCGCCCGGUCCUCAUCUACGAACAAGUCAGGCUGAAGAUCAUCAAGAAGCAGUGCUGCUGGAGUGGAGCCCUGCGGCUGGGCUUCACCAGCAAGGACCCAUCCCGCAUCCACCCUGACUCACUGCCCAAAUACGCCUGCCCGGACCUGGUGUCCCAGAGUGGCUUCUGGGCCAAGGCUCUGCCUGAGGAGUUUGCCAACGAGGGGAACAUCAUUGCUUUCUGGGUGGACAAGAAAGGCCGCGUCUUCUACCGAAUCAAUGACUCCGCUGCCAUGCUCUUCUUCAAUGGGGUCCGCACAACUGACCCUCUCUGGGCCCUGGUGGAUGUCUACGGCCUCACACGGGGCGUCCAGCUGCUUGACAGCGAGCUGGUCCUCCCGGACUGCCUCCGGCCGCGCUCCUUCACCGCCCUGCGACGGCCAUCGCUGCGCCGGGACGCCGACGAGGCGCGACUCUCCGUGAGCCUGUGUGACCUCAACGUGCCGGGGCCCGAGGGCGACGAGGGCGCACCGGCCGCCGGCUGCCCGAUCCCGCAGAACUCGCUCAACUCGCAGCACAGCCGCGCGCUGCCCGCGCAGCUCGAUGGCGACCUCCGCUUCCACGCGCUGCGCGCUGGCGCGCACGUCCGCAUCCUGGACGAGCAGACGGUGGCGCGCCUGGAGCACGGGCGCGACGAGCGCGCGCUCGUCUUCACCAGCCGGCCAGUGCGUGUGGCCGAGACCAUCUUCGUCAAGGUCACGCGCUCCGGGGGCGCGCGGCCCGGCGUGCUCUCCUUCGGAGUCACCACGUGCGACCCCAGCACCUUGCGGCCGGCGGACCUGCCCUUCAGUCCCGAGGCGCUGGUGGACCGGAAGGAGUUCUGGGCCGUGUGCCGCGUGCCCGGGCCCCUGCACAGCGGCGACAUCCUGGGUCUGGUGGUCAAUCCCGACGGCGAGCUGCAUCUCACCCACAACGGCGCCGCCGGCGGCAUGCAGCUGUGCGUGGACGUCUCGCAGCCGCUCUGGAUGCUCUUCAGCCUGCACGGGGCCGUCACGCAGAUCCGCAUCCUCGGCUCCACCAUCCUGGCUGAGCGGGGCAUCCCAUCUCUCCCCUGCUCUCCCGCCUCCACGCCCUCUUCACCCAGUGCCCUGGGCAGCCGCCUAUCUGACCCCCUGCUCAGCACGUGCAGCUCUGGACCUCUGGGUAGCUCUGCUGGUGGCACAACCCCCAACUCACCAAUGAGCUUGCCUGAGUCACCCCUGACCCCAGGCACGGGCCAGUGGAGUGAUGAGUGCACCAUUUGCUAUGAGCACGCAGUGGACACGGUCAUCUACACGUGUGGCCACAUGUGCCUCUGUUACGCCUGCGGCCUGCGUCUCAAGAAAGCUCUGCACGCCUGCUGCCCCAUCUGCCGCCGUCCCAUCAAGGACAUCAUCAAGACCUACCGCAGCUCCUAGCCCAGUGCGGCGCCCUGCCUCGCCCGCCCAAAUCCUCAAGACUCUGGUUCAGCUCCAGCCAAGGGCCAUGCCA